AAGAAUUAAGAAGUCACAACUCAUACACCUUUUCUGUCCAGAUUCCAAUAAUACUUCAUCUCUCUGAAGGUCUCUUUGCAGAACUAUUCCAAAAUCAAAACCUUUUUUGCUACUACAGUCAGUGAAAGUUCAUCCAAAUACUAGCUCAAAUGAAAACAAAGUGGGAAUUUAAAAAGUAGCAUUGGUCAUCAGAAAUAACCUUUAUAUGGCAACAGCCGUCAUGUUCUACUCCACUCCAAACUGCCAAUAGAACUUCAAUUGCUAGAUACUCUUGAAGUAUCAAAACAAAUAUUAAUCAAGAAAUUGUAUUGUUCUGUAGUUAUUUGCAAUCCCUACUCCUGGCUUUAAAAUUGCACUGGAAGUACACUACUGAAAAUAUCCAUCCAAAUUCCUUACAGCUUUUCUCUGGAAAUUUUUCUUGGCAGUCUCUUGUGACAACAGACUAGGCAUGCUAUGCAACCACAUCAGUACUUCCAGUAAAAACAUUUUUUUAAGCCUUUUUUUUUUCUUUGCCCUUAAAUGAAACCUUAACCUAAUAUCACAACUAGACUGUUUUGAAACAAUGACCAAAUUAAAUAACAAUCAUUAGAUCAUGGAAUCCAAUAUGAAACGUGAAACAUCCGAAAUGAAAUAGGCAGAAACUGGAACACGGGAAGUUCCAUACUAACAGUGGAACAAAGUCUGUUACUGUCAGAGUAAUGGAGCACUGGAACAGGCUGCCCAGAGAGGUUGCCCAGGCUCCUUUAGAUCCAAAUGGACACUUUCCAAUCCAACUGCCUGCAGGGAAUGUGCUUUAGCAGGGAGAUUGGACUUGUUGAUCUCUAGAGGUCCCUCCCAACUCCUACAGUUCUGUGAGAACCACAGCAGGUUACAAGACAGAUUGUGCAGCUGAUGCAGCUAUCAAAGCAAUGCGCUUUCACCAAAUCUCAAGGCAGCCAAAAGGAGUUACUUAGCUAAAAUUCAUUCUGAAGAUUUAGUUGAAAAAUGUGCCUUUCACUUUCAGCUUAUACUCACACUAAGUAGCUUUGUUCUAGGCACCAGCCUGCUCUCCUGCAGGUACAUAAACCUGAACUGAAUGGGCCCAAGGACUUGGCUGCAAAACUCGAUGAAAGCAGGACAUGCACUUAUAGGAAGGUACGCUCGUAUUUUGUUGCUUGCACAACCUCUGGCACGGGUAAUCGUGAUACUUUUCCACCUUUUGGUUUUACCUGUUGCUUUGGCAAGAAGAUGGAACUACGAACGAACACGCUCCAGGGAUCAACGUAAAGCAGACCCCCGUUUAACUUCUCCCCCCGCCUGCCCCUUACCUCUUUCUCCAUCCAGCCUGAGGUGGAAAAGCUGAAAUGGAGCUCAGCAGAGGGGAGCGGGGAUCCUGCAGAGCCGCUCAACAAACGAGACCAGCGCUGAGGACGGCCGUGGCCGCACGCGGGGCCUCCUCUGCCUGCACGCCGCGUCCCGCAGCGGCGGGCCGAAAGCAAAGGGCCGACACGCGGCUCGGCUCGAGGCCGCCCGUCACGUUCGCACACGGCGCUUGUAGGAGUCGCUAGGACAGAACCGGACGGGUACAAAAGCCGGGUCCCACACCCGCUGCUUAGCUUUGCACGCGUGCUAGCGGCCUGCCGGCCGGAGGAAGCGCCGGUUCCUCAGCGCUUCGCCACGGCCUUCUCCUCCCCCCGCCGCCCGCCCCUCGGGAUCCCCGCGGCGGCUCAACGGCGGCGAGGCGGGCCGAGCCGCGCGCUCACAACCGCCCCGUUGCCAUGACAGCGACCCCGCCGCCGUUGCGCCGCGAGCGCGGCGCUCUCGUGGCGUCACGAGCCCGCCGAGCCUCCAUUGGUCCCGACGAAGCAGACGGGCGGGCCUCCGGCACGUCCGGCUCGCUGAUUGGUCGUGGCGCGUGGCGGUGGGGAGCUCGUCUCGGCGUCCCGUGUGAUCCCGGCGGCCGCAAGCAGAUGGCGUCCAACUAUAGAAAACCUGGCUUCAGUACAGCCCAGAGAAAGAAAAGUGGCUUGAAACCUGAACUUACAGAAGAGCAAAAGCAGGAGAUCAGAGAAGCUUUUGAUCUGUUUGAUACUGAUGGAUCUGGAAGCAUUGAUGUAAAAGAACUCAAGGUUGCGAUGCGUGCUUUAGGCUUUGAGCCAAAGAAAGAAGAAAUUAAGAAAAUGAUAGCAGAUAUUGACAAAGAAGGAAGUGGCACCAUUGACUUUGAAGACUUUUUGGCUAUGAUGACACAAAAAAUGAGUGAAAAGGAUUCAAAGGAAGAAAUUUUGAAAGCUUUCAGAUUAUUCGAUGACGAUGGGACAGGAAAGAUUUCAUUCAAAAACUUGAAAAGGGUUGCCAAGGAGCUGGGAGAAAAUUUAACCGAUGAAGAGCUUCAGGAAAUGAUUGAUGAAGCUGAUCGAGAUGGAGAUGGAGAAGUAAGUGAGCAAGAAUUUUUGAGAAUCAUGAAGAAAACUAGCUUAUAUUAAGAUUUGUUGCCUUACAGCUGUUCCAAAAGACGACAGGGAAAAGACUUAAAAAUGGGUUUGUGUCUCCUGCAUAUUAUUACGCUAUGUAAUGAAAGUCUGAAAGGACAGAUUUUCAUCUCAUUCUUCUCUUUCACCAAAGUUAGUUGCUGGGAGGGGGCUCUGGUACCCAACAAACUGUUCAAAUGAGAUACUGCAGAAAUAAAAAAAAUAUUGCAGAAAUGAAAAAGAAGGAUGAGUGAGCCGGCAAGGCAGGGUCCCUUUCUCGGCAGGGUCCCUUUCUCCUCAGGCUCCCAGAUGAAGAUUUCACUAAUUGCCAUUUUGGAUAAAGAAUGGUAUGUCUUAAGUAGACAAUUAAAACAAUCUGAAAACAUUUCACUUGGGUUGUGAAGAUUACUGCUGUUUCUUGGAGAAGCCUAGUCUCACCUUCCCAAGGCUACAUAAUAAAAAGAUCAUCUCAUAACACCUUAAAGAACCAAAGUACAACUACAGUAUUUUUAUUCCUUUUAAGGCUUUUAGGUUCUUUUUGUGUCCUUUUGUUUAUUUCCACGAAAGUCUCAGAAAUCAAUUGCAUAUUUAUAUUUAUUUCUGUAAUUAAACACUGUAUUCUCCGAGCAAGUUCAUUUUAGACAUAGUGGGAAACAAACAUAUAUAACUAGUUUUUGGUUCUUCACUCCAAGCAGCAUGCCGUAAGUAAACAAUCUUUUCUUUAACUAUUCUAUGAUCUGAUAUCUGAAAACUGGCUUACUUGAGUCUUACCUGCUUGGAUUUUCAGAGUUUAUAGUAUGAGCAGUCAACAUUUUGUGCCAUUGCUGUUACUCCAGAGACUUUGCGGAACUGUUAUUAUGCCAUGAUUUUAAGUACUUAAGGAAAGCACAGUUCUAAGGCACAGUAGAGGAAGUUCUCUCUAGCUAUUUAGAGUCAAGUAGCAGAGAGAAGUUGCAUCUGAAGUGAAAAAAUAGCUCACUUUGGACACCUGUGGAUAUAUUUAGAUCCAUGCAGUUCAAAUUCAUUUCAGGUAUCACACCCUUUUUUAUUCUUAUCAAGUACUUUAAGUUUUUGAAUAUUUCUUUUAUAUAAUACUAUCAAUCCAGAAUUUACUGGAGAGCCACACUUCCAUCCUAUUUUGACAUAGCAGCAAUGCACAGCUUGAAAUCUGAUUAUUUGCUUCUGCAAGGUGGAUUUAUCCUUGUGUCAUGAUACAGCAUUCAGCCUGGGGAAACUGUAUACCCUAAUCCAUAUCUCUGUUUGGCUCCUUAUUACAGCUGCCUCAGCUCUGAUGAGCUGUAAGGGCCCACCAUGGGGAGAGUUACUUUCAGCAGUGGAAAGGGGAAGUGUUUAUUGACACUUCUCAUUAGCGUGCAAAUGUGAAGCUGGCAUGUAGUCCUCUGAGUUUCAUACUCUGAACUGCUCUCUGAAUAGACCCUCUCUAACCUACACAGUAGGCUUAAACCUGCUCACAGCCAUAACAACCUCAGAGAUCUGUGAAGUCCACUAUUUAGACGUUCAGUGGCAGUAGAUGUAAGCUAGAGUACUGUAAGCUUUUUAAAAUGUGUAUUAACUUUGUAUAGUGUGAAAUAAAACUGUUUUGCGAGUUAA